AUGCCGGGCGAGCAGGCGCUCGAUCUCGACCAGCAGGAGAAGCUGCACGACAUGGAGGUCGGCGAGGCGGCGGCGCUGCUGAAGCAGAACCGCCGACUGAGCGCCGAGUCGGGGAAUGCGGAUGACGACGACGAGGGGCGACACUCGCGGAAGAGCAGUGUCAGCUAA